AUGUGGAGGAGAAAUACCGACCCCGAGCCCCAGAUGGGCUAUCAUGCCUAUCCAGAGCCAACGAUGGAUGAUCGUUAUCUCGAGACCAUCCACGAGGUGGAAUCUCUAUAUAGUCGAAACAGUCGCAGGAGUAGUGUACACCAGGCCCUUCCAGAACUACCUUUUCGUGCCGUUCCGCCUAUGUAUGAGCGUGAUUCGGUCUAUUCCAACGAACCCGUUUCCCCCAUCGCUUCCCACUUCUACCAACAGCCCGCGGCCAACCGAAACAUCAGUGAACGGCCAAUCUCAGAACCCGAAGCCGUCUCGCCCGUCAGCAGCAGAGAAACGCUUCAUGCCCAUACCGAGUCAAACACCUCCGUAAUCUCUCCGAUCGAACCCAAUUUCCCCGCUGCUACACAGAAACCACCGCCGGAAUCUGCGAAACCGAGUCAGAUCCCCAAGAGACUUCCACUCCCAAUCGCUACCAACGUUUCCCCUGCAGAGUCGGGUGUCAAGAAGCGCUGGUCACAUAAAGCAACCAAGAGUGGGGAAACCCGAUGGGAUGCAUAUUCAGGCGAACCCACGGAUGGUCAAAAGGGCCACCCCUCCAGCUAUAAAUCUGGAGCGCCCCAACCAGAACAGUCAUUCCCUCAGUUGAAAGAAAGGACGAGGCAGAUUCUCGCAGGCCUUAAGGAACGGGAAGCUGUCAAGAAAUCAAACUGGGCGCAAUCCACCCCUGCCGAAGAUCCCCUGGACAAUCCAGUGGAACGACCAGCCUGGAAAGGUGCGAGUGGACGGACGACACUAGUGGAGCCUGUUAAGAACACUCCCAGUGCACGAACCAAGCCUUUAUUGUUGCUUCAACGUAAGAAGGUUGAACGAAAUGUCCCCAGCCCUGUGCUUGAUGAGGUGUCUGAGCCCUCCCAGUCACCUAGGCCGCCAAUGUCAGCCUCCGGCCCAUCUCUUGCCACUAUCCGAUCUGUUGACUCUGCGGAUUCUCUCAAGCCCGUGGCUCCAUUGAAAGGAAGAAAUACACCACGUGUAUUAUCACCAACCGAGGGUGAACAUCAGACUCGAGCUCUUGAAAGCCCUUUCCAAAGUCCUGGACCUCCUCCGCGGAAUAUGUAUGAUGCUAUGCCCAGUCCGGCUCCCAGCACAAUUCAAGAAUAUGGUGCUGACAGUCCGACUCUUGGGUCGGUCGCUUCGUUUGAUCCAGCUCGACCGAAUUCGAGUUCGGAAUCUCUCCAUGAAAAUGCACCACCAAAACCCCUACAGCGCGAAGCGGAGACGGCGUCCAGUUGGAACACAUAUGCGACGAGUAAUGUGGAUGAAUAUUCGGGUGCCCCUCCGAGUCCGAUAGCACGACAGCAGUUCAACAGCAGCCCCGUCUCCUUUAAUGACUCAUCCACAGUUCCUCCCCCGAUUAUGCUGCGCAAACGUGUAGCUGCUAACAAUAGCGCCCGAAGUCAUGAUGCCUACAGUGGUGUUUCACCGUUUGGAAACAUCGGUGUACGAAAAUCGAGUUCGAAUAUUCUUCGCAAGGCUGUGGGAGCGGAAAAGGGACGAUCGGCCAGCUUGAUGAGUGGAGCAUCUAUAAGCAAAUCUCUCCCCCCAACACCCGUUGAGACAUCAGCGGCAGACAAAGCCGGGACACUGGAAGCACGAAUGGAGGAUUUGGCCCGACGAAAGAGAAACACAAAUAAAAUCAUUGCCGAAUUACGCGAAUCGUUGAAAAAGUAUGCCAUCGUAUAUGAUGCGCGGAAACGAAAGGAAGUGGACAAAAUGAUCAUCAACCUCGAACUGGAAUUACAAGAUAUCACCAAUGAAGAACACGAAACGGGGUUGAGAUUACACCGCGUACAGAGGCGGAAGGACAAAGACGACUUCUACGAGCAGCCGACCGGAUUAUGGAUCAAGAGAGUCACAACCUGA